AUGAACAAGAAGACAGUCGCAAGACCUAAAGGAGCAACCAAGCAUUGUUGCUGGGGUACUUGUAAUGCUGACAGUCGAUACCCCGAGAGGCUUUCAGAUGGAACAACAUUUAUACGAUUUCCAAAGCCUGGUCGUAUCAAACCUAACAUGUCUGAAUGGGAAAAGCAGCGAGAAAACGAGAGGACAGAGAAGGCAAAGCGAUGGCAACAUUCAUGCGGGAGGAAAGAUUUUUAUUCAUUAGACCAGAUUAAAAAGGACACUUACAUCUGCACACAACAUUUCAUUGGAAGGAAAGGUCCUACUGCUGAAAAUCCAGACCCGAUAACCGCGACACUGACUGAGUCGCAGGUUGAUUCGUUGGUUGCAAGGUCUUUAAAACGGCAGAAUUCUAAAAGUCGAAAAAGGAAUGCGAUACCUGAACUUGAGAUGGCAGCAGCCAAAAGAAAAAUUAACUGCGAAUCUGUAGAAGAAUCUGUAGUCUUGCUAGACGAAAACCCCCGGGAUUCAGGAAGUCGACACGAUUCAGACAUAGAGGCAGAGAAGGAGGGCAGUAGCCCAAGCCACUGUGAUAAAGAAACACAGACUGUUUACAGCAAAUACGAACUAGGUGCAAAAGUUGAAAAUAUGGUGCUACGAAAUGAAAUGAAAAUAUUUGGAAGUUCUUCCAUGAAUACUGAUGUACAAACAUGCCCACAACUGAUGGAAUGCGAAGCUAUUCUUAAAGAUGAUGCAAAGUGCAAGUAUUUUACUGGACUAUUUUCAGCUCAGUUUGAAGCUCUUUACAAUUUUCUAGGGCCUGCAAAAUUCGAAUUAAACUAUUUGUGUGAUCAGAAGGAGAAGAAUGGCAAAGGUAGAAGAGUGCCAAUGCAAAUUUCAACAAAAGAGCAAAUGUUUAUAACAUUGUUACGUUUGAGAAGGGGGUUCAACAUACAAACAAUUUCAUAUCUGUAUGACAUAUCAUGCACUGUGGUCAGAAGAAUAUUCACAACAUGGAUCCAAUUUAUAUUUCACUUCUUCAAGGACUACAAGUUUCUCAUGAUGCCCCCACGUCAAGAACUGCAACAAUUCCUUCCAAAAAUGUUCAAGCAAUUUAGAAAUGUCAGAUGCUCAGUAGAUUGUACUGAAUUCUUUUGUGAAAUGCCUAGCAAUUAUUCACAGCAAGGAAACAUGUAUUCCUCUUACAAAAAUCACAAUACAAUGAAGUGUUUGAUUGCUGUAACUCCAAAUGGUGCAGCUUGCUUUAUAUCUGACCUGUUUGAGGGCAGUAUCGAUGAUGUGACGCUUUUUGAAAGGUGUGGAAUUCUUGAGCAUAUAAACCCAGGGGAUGCACUGCUUGUUGACAAAGGCUUCACCAUUCAGGACAUUUUGUUAAAGAAACAGGCAACAAUUUUUAUACCACCAUUUUUGGGGAAAAGAAGUGCAUUUACCAAAGAAGAAGAACUUUUGACCAAACGUAUAGCCCAGGCAAGAAUACAUGUUGAGAGAUUUAAUGAGCGCCUGAAGAAAUUUAGACUGAUCAGCAAUGUCAUACCAUUAAACCUUGCAAGCCUUGCCUCACAGUUAGUCUAUGUGGCAUGUUGCCUAGUUAACUUUCAACCAUGUCUUUCUAAAUAA